AGCAGCCUGAGAGGCAGAGCCAGGCAUACUCUCGGGCCUCGGAUACAGAGCAGACCCAGUAGCGGAUAAUAAAAGUCUCCGCCGCGCGGAUCAAACGGGAGAAAACGGGAAGCGUGGGAGCGGUGGGACGUAGGAACCGCUGCGGCUGGACUGUACUCCGGACCGGAGGUGGAGAGUGGGUGGGAGGGGGGCAGAAAUGGAAGCUGAAGCUCACCGGGACUCCAUGUGAAUUUGACUAAUGCGGUGCUGGAAAGUUUUCGGACAGUAAAGAUGCAGAGCAGUAUUUCCCACUCACCGCCAGCCAUAGCUGUUGGCACUGGGUGAGGGGUAGAGAAGCCAAACGAGAGGAGGAGUAACCAAGGUGGAGAUAUAAGGUGGGAAGUUCACAGACGGAAGGAUUCUAACCAGCCGCUAGAAACCAGACGCAACCUUUGAGCCGCAGAUCACCUUUCGCUUCUCCCCAACACCUUCCAACGUUGAGCCUGCGAGGCAGGGGAACCGCACGUGACGUUCAUGGCAGCGGCAUUCUAGGGCUGCCAUGGCAGCUGCUGCCGCCGAUGCCUCACACUGUAUUACCGCACUGACGCCGGAGGAAGAGGGACGACGCACUGCCGCCAAGCUGUUUGGGAGCGCCGCCCCGCUGCCACGGACGGAGAGAGAGCGAGAUCGGGGGAAAGAGAGGGAAGAGGAAGGAGAGAAAGUAGGGAGAGCGAGUGGGAACGAGUGUCUGGUGUGCGGGGCCCUGUUUGUAACACAGGAGAAGCUCCGGCUCCACACUUCGAGUCACACCGGAGAGAAGCCUUUCCACUGCUCACAGCCACACUGUCCCAAGGCCUUCAGCUCCAAGUACAAACUCUUCAGGCAUAUGGCCACACACUCUCCGCAGAAGACCCAUCAGUGUUCGUUCUGUGAAAAAAUGUUCCACCGCAAAGACCACCUGAAGAACCACCUGCAGACCCAUGACCCCAACAAAGAGGCCUUCAAGUGUGAUGAGUGUGGGAAGCACUACAAUACCAAGCUGGGAUACAAGCGCCAUGUGGCCAUGCACUCUGCUACUGCGGGGGAUUUAACCUGCAAAGUGUGCAUGCAGAGUUACGAAAGCACACCUGUUCUCCUGGAGCAUCUCAAGAGCCACUCGGGGAAGUCUUCCGGUGGUGCCAAGGAGAAAAAACACCCCUGCGACCAUUGUGACCGACGUUUCUACACACGGAAAGAUGUGAGACGGCACAUGGUGGUCCACACAGGGCGAAAAGACUUUCUGUGCCAGUACUGUGCCCAGCGCUUUGGUAGGAAAGACCAUCUGACACGGCAUGUGAAGAAGAGCCACUCACAGGAGCUGCUGAAGAUUAAGACGGAGCCUCCGGAUAUGCUAGGCCUGUUGACGACAGGAUCUCCACCGUGCUCAGUAAAGGAGGAACUCAGCCCCAUGAUGUGCGGCAUGGGGCCCAACAAAGACCCCAUGAUGGGAAAGUCAUUCCCCAGCGGGGCACCCUUUCCCAUGAGCAUGUAUAACCCUCACCAUCUCCAGGCCAUGUCUAAUUCUGGUGUGGGUCCUCCACAUCCUUCCCUAAUGCCCAAUUCCUUGUCUGCAGCUAUGGGCAUGGGCUGUCAUAUGGAAUCCACUGCAUCUAUUCAUCCACACUCCCAUCACCACCACCACCACCACCACCAUCACCAUCAUCACCAUUCCCCUCCAACGCCCCCGCACCAUCAGCCUGCGGCUCCCCAGCAGCAGCACCAGCCCCAGCCAGCACCCAAAUACCAGCUGGGAUCUACCUCAUACCUGCUGGACAAGCCCUUGAAAGUAGAGAUGGAGAGUUUUCUCAUGGAUCUGCAGAGUGGUCUACCAGGCCCGGUUCCCUCUGCAGAGCCCCAUGCUGCUGCCUCACCCCCUAAGGACGGAUUGGAGCCCACUUCAGGCUUGGCCGAUGACCUUUGCGGGGAUCCCCUCCUGUCCAAGAGCCCUGCAGUGAUCGCUGAGUCUCUGUGUGCUGCUAACAUGGAUUUUUCCCACCUGCUGGGUUUCCUGCCCCUAAACCUUCCUCCUUACAGUGCUCCCAUGAGCACAGGAGGACUGGUUAUGGGGUACACCUCAUCUGUGACCUCCUCCACUUCUUCCUCUUCCUCUUCAUCUCUGCACGCUGCCGAGCCCCAUGCCGCUGCAGUCGCCGCGGCAGCAGCCGCCGUCGCCACGGCACCUCUUACCUCUUUGCAACCGCAACCUCAGGAGCAGCAGAGCUCCAGCGGGGGUCUAGGCCUUGGAUCCCUGCACCCCCUUCCACCAGUGUUCAGCUCCAGCCUUAGUAACACCACGUUGCCUCGCUUUCACCAGGCCUUUCAGUGACAGAGGCAGCCUCUUCCCUGCCAAGGUGGCCUCCUCCACACCAGCACCAGCUCAGCUUGGAUAUUUCAGAUCACUAUGUUUAAGGCCUGAUGGAAAAGUUGGAGAACUAAGUUUAAAAAUAAAUACGUAAAUGAACACUUAGAAGCCUUAAAUGAAAGUGCGCACACAAGCUUUUGAUUGAGCCUUAAAAGGAAGUUGAAACCCCUUUGAGCAAAAAGGAAAAUAUAAGAAAAGAAGUUGAAGCAGCUUUUAUUUGGGCUUUUUUCCCCUUAUCCUAUAGAUAUAACAAUGUAUUAACCCGUGUUUUUUUUUUUUUUUUCAUUUACGUCCCCUUUUAUCUUCCCCCUUUUUAGUAGAAUAGAGGGCAGGAUCAGUAGGCCUAAAGGCGUGGUACUGCAUACUUAAAGUAAUAAUAUAAAAAGAAAAAAAAAAACUAAGAUAAUUUUUAGUGGAGAUUAUCUGUCUUGUUGUGACCCAGAAAAAUAUAGUUUGAAGUGGAAAUUUUGUUUUUACUUUAUUGUUUUUCCCCCCCCAAAUGUAAGAACAUGGUAGGAUGUUUCAUAUGUUGAGUUUUGAACCACCCAUGCUAAUACCAUGAAUCAUCUUGAUUAAUUCGGAGAGGAGAGAGCUCAGUGGGGGAAAGAGAUGAACGGUAGUUUCUUCCAUGAGGUGACUUGGCCAGACCCACAAAACAAGCCCAACCUCCAAAAAAAGUGCUCUUCAAAUAACACAAAAGUGACACGAGAAUUAGUCUGAUUUAGGAGCAAAACACGAAAGAAAUACGUAAAAAAUAAUGAGCUUUACCACAACUUAUUUUGUUGUCGUUUCUCAAGAAAAGCACUUUUUUGUUGAACAAAAGGCACUUCGAUUCUCGUCUCCUCCCUCGUACUUUCGUACGAAAGCCUCUUUGUGCCGGCUAGAAAACAAAUACGACGAGCUCUGUGAAACUCCACUUAUUCAGAAGUUGACAUGUACGGUUUACAAAACUGCGUAAACCUUAAACCAGGAGAGCAGAUUUUUCAUGCACUCUAUUUCUAAGGUCUGUGCUGACCCCACAAGAAUCAAGAAGCAGAACAAUGUUAGUUCUUACCAAAUCAGAUUUAUAGUUUGUGAAAAUCUCAAUUGCAUAAUUUCCAAGCUGGAAUGACAGCUUUUCUGCAUUAACGGCGCCAUAUUCAUGUCUCUGACGAAUCACACAAUGUGUGUGUCCAAAUUCAGGGGCUACGUCCGUCAAAGGCCGAACUUAAAGACCGAUUUCAUCUGAAAGAUGUGACGAAGACUGUCCAAACUCAAAGUCUCCAGAUUUGAAGGACGGGCCUAGCGAAUCCUUCGCAGCCCACCCAAUCCCAAGAUUCAUUGCGUGUCGAACGGGAAAUUUUUUGUUCUAACAAUGGUGGACGAAACAGGAAAUGAGAGUGGGGGAGGAAUACAGUUUCAUAGAAAACUGGCGGUAGAAAAUUUAAAAGCCUAAGGUGGUCGUAUUGUUAAGCUUUUGUUAUUUGCGUUGUUUUGAAUAUUUUUUGGUGAAAAAUACAUGCAUUUAAUUAAUUCAAUGAUUUAAUUCAGGACAAAGAUAAAGAGUUAAUAAAAAUGCAAGAUUCAUUUUUACUAGUUUGUUUAGUGCUGUCACUGUUCCUAUGUGACAUGACAUACACAAAGGAACGGGCAGAGAUCAGUCUGAAGGCCAGAGCAUCCAGCUCCACAGCCGCCAUUUACUUUCCCGGUAAACGGAGGACCCAGUUUACGUCGACCGGUAGACUUUCGGUGGACGCAGUCCCUGAAUUUGGAUACCACCAACGGCACACAGGUAGAAAACAUCUGCUCUGUGUUUGAGACGGAAAUGAGCUGUGAGACUCCAGAGCCGGGGCUGGCAGAGAGAAUCCAUACAGGGAGGGAAAACUCUGGUGCGUAGGACUCUCUUUCCUUCUUCCUCCUCGGAGUUGCCUUGAAAAGUUUCCGUUAUCGUUUUUUUUGUUGACGCAUUCUCUUGGCUGCCUUACAUAUCUUUUCUUAAGAUACGUAUGUCUAUUUUUUUCCUUAAAUACUCCAAACUCAUCUUUUAGGCAGUCUUUUAAAAAGAUGCAUCAUCAAGGUGAAUGAUGAACCCUGAGAUAUGUGAAUGGAUAAAAAGAACAAAGGAAAUUAGCUGCCGAUAAGUAAAAAUGUUUUAAAGAAUGUUAUUGCAGUGUACGAAAUAUCUCAAAAAUUAAUAUCAAAAUUGCUUUUAAUGUGUAUUUUAGGUAGAUGUAUUAAAACUAAGUGACAAUGUUUUCAAUGUUUUGCAGGUUUACUUUUGUUUGUAUCUUGCAUUUUUUUUUUUUUUUUUGAGUAAGAAAAAGAUGAAGUAUUUUCUUUGUCCCUCAAGCUUUCUCUGUCGUGUCCGACCGUUGCUUGUUGUACUUGAGUCGGAGAAGAAGAAUCCAAACUUUGGAUGGGAAUUAUUUGUAGGAGGCUGCUAGUGGUUUAGUUGUCAGCUAGUAUUUGAGCUAGCUAUAGAUUGUGUUGUAGGGAUGCUUACGUGGAUUUCAAACUGCAGGCCUUGGAGUUCUAACCUUAAACCAAGAGCCUUUAAAAAACCUUAGUCCAAAGUUAACUUAAAGCCUGAAAAUCCAAUUUAAAAAAAUCUUUUCAGAUUUAGUUCCGUCUGUUGUAAAUCUCUUAGUGUGGUCACUGUGGCUCCUUGGCUUGAGAUGUUUUGAAAAAACAAAUAAAAAUCUCAUAGUAAGUUUAAAUUCCUUCUAAAUGUUCACUUAACAGUCUGUUUCAUCUUUUGAUUUUUAACAGUAUAGCAUGCUAUUGACAUUUCUCUUGUUGUAGCAGCUGUUGCUUACUGUAUUUAGUUAUUGCUUAGCAUACUGACCUAUUGCUACUUAUAUAGGCUUAUUAUGUCCAGUAUUGAUUUUUUUUCCCUUAUAGUACCAGACUAUUACUAUCCAUAUACAAUUUCUCCUUUACAUAAUCUUUUUUUAAUAACUAUACAGGUAUUUUGAUUAGAUUUCUUUUUUCCCUCCCGUAUAAACUUUGUAUUAGAUUGAUUAACAUGCAAAGUUUUUUAUUUACUUUCUUAUUAUUUCAUUUUUUGGUCUCUUUCACCAGUAGAAAACUUUUCGUUUCCAAACUGGACAUUUUCUUAAUGUACAAUUUUUUUUUUUUUUUUUUUUUUGAUGGUAUGUAAAGAGUUGCGUCUAAUUUUCCAAAGUAAGCCUUUGUGAGACUCCAGAUAAAAUAGAUUGAGGUAAAAAUGAUUUUUAAAAGAAAGGCAGCACAUUGUUCACAGUGACCACAUUAUAGAGAACUGCAUCGCAUUUAUAGAAAUAAAACUUAUCUUUUUUUUUUUUUUUUUUUGGUUCUGUUCCUGAAAUGACAGACAAAUCUGAAUGUUCGUCUCACUCCUUAACAUCUUAUUUCAUCCAUAAAUAUUGUUGCAAUUUUACACCAACUCUCUUUAUGUUUAGUAAUGUCUGUGCAUCAGGUGAGCCCUAUCUGGACAAAACAAACAACAUGAUCCAAAACCACAGCACAUAAGCAUUGAAGCUAAAUCUCUUAAUGCUGCUUUAGCCACGGUUGGUGAUGUAUGACAACUGUAGACCACUAGAACAUUUUGAAAGCUAAAUGUUUUUUUUUUUCCUGAAACACAGACAGUGAGCCAAACCAACAAAGUGUUCAUCAACCCCACCACUUCGUUACUCCUCUCCUCCUCCUCCUCUUUUUUAUUUUUUUUAUUUUUUAGCUGCUUUGUAGAGUAAAAGGGUCUGAAAACACGGCGACUCCAGGAGAACUCAGUCAUCGAACCGCCUGGGCUUUGACAUUCAAAGCAACAGGAAGGUGCUAAGAGACUGACUGUACAACUUGAGGGGAAAUUACUUAUAGUUAUGUAUUUGAUUUUUUUUUUUUUUCAUGAUAUAUUAUUUUCUGUUUGUAUAAAACAGGACCUCGAAAAAAAAAACAACACAACACAUCACCUCAUUUUUAUUUGUUUAUUUUCUUACCAAAACCUUGGGAGAAGAAACUACAUCUUUGCACAAUAGCUUAUUAAGAAAUAUUCACUUUUUUUUUUUUUUUUUAUGCUGUAGGAAAAGGAACCCUGUCAGUGGGCCGCUGACGGCCCGGUGCAUUGGAAAAGCACAGUUGAUAGUAUUGGAUCAUUCUGAUGGUGUCUAAAGGUUUAAAACUACGCAGCUUCACGUUGUCGUCAAAGUUACACUUUUUUUUAUUCCGAUAUCAAUGUAAAAUUACCCAAGUUAUGAGAUUAAAUCAUUAUUUUUUUAUGAUCAAACUUCCUAGUGACCCUAUAUGAUUAGCUGUCGGCACCUUCCGUAGAAUUUCUAUCGUAAACCGAAGAUUAAAAUUAGAUUUUUAUUUUUUCUUUGUAAGAGUUUUAAGACUUUUUAAAGAAAAACUCUUCUGGUUUAAGCCAAAUUUGUAGCAGUCCCAUUGAGCAUUUAUAUUUUUGGAACAAAUUUCUCAUUUUGUCCCUAAAUGAAAGGAAAGAAGGAAAAAAAAAGCUUUCAGUGUGCAUUAAGUUUGUCCUCCCUGGGUUUCUGUGAGCUAAUCUGAAUUCUAGCACUUUCAACUUUAAAAAUCUUUUAAAGUUUCAGCUUAUAUGUUCAUAUGUUUUUAAUUUUGUAUUGAUCCUGUAUAUGUAUGUGCCAUUAGCUUGAUGUUUAAACUUUAUCAGGAUUUGUGUAUUUCUCUUCUCCAAAAGAAUAACAGUAUUUUUGAUAUACUUUCACUAAUAUCCUUCUACAGAAGAACUCCCCGCUCCCUUUCUCCUUGUUCCCUUGUUGUUUUUGACUUAUCCAGCUUCACCUUUCCCUUUUUCAAAAGUGUAUCUAGUCAAACUGCAGCCAAGCAUUAGAAGAAACCGGCAGCAGCAGCAUGUCUGUUCGUCAGAGGCGAUGGUGAACAGAGCUGUUGUCAGCAGAGCGUCCAGACCCACAGCCAAUCACAGCGCGCGGAGCCCGCUGCAGCAAAAACUCAGACGUCUCUGCUGCAGCUUGACGCAUCGAAAAUGUGCUAGAGAAAACUCCAAAAUAUUGAGAUCCGUCUCGGAAUGUUUUUUUCCAGACAAAAUUUGGAAAUUUCUGAGUUUCCAAAAUUGUAAUUUUUUGACUUUUGGAAAUUUUUU